AUGCUACGCCGCCAUCAGUGCGAAGUGAACAUAUAACACAGCAGCAGCCGCCUGCGUCAAAUAGUUUACCACCUCUGGAUCCAAUGUAUAGUCAAGUGGACAAGUCUGUGUCACCACAGUAUAGUGCUCCCAAACCAUAUGUCAUAGAUGGCGAUGAUUUUCCAAGAGAGCCUCGCAAGGUCGUUCUACAAAAAGGAACCACAGGUCUAGGUUUUAAUAUCGUCGGCGGUGAAGACGGAGAAGGCAUCUUCAUUUCAUUCAUAUUAGCCGGAGGUGUGGCGGAUCUCAGUGGCGAGCUAAAACGAGGAGACCAAAUACUAUCUGUUAACAGUAAAGAUUUAGUGCUAGCCACUCAUGAAGAAGCAGCUGCCGCCUUGAAGAAUGCUGGCCAAACAGUGACAAUAGUAGCCCAAUACAAACCUGAAGAAUACAAUCGUUUUGAAGCGAAAAUCCAUGACUUGAGAGAGCAAAUGAUGAAUAGCAGUGUGAGUCCCGGUAGUCUGAAGACCUCGGCUAAAAGAUCACUUUACGUCAGGUCUCUGUUUGAAUAUGACAGGACCAAGGACAGUGGUCUGCCAAGUCAGGGACUGAGUUUUCAGUUUGGGGAUAUUUUACAUGUAAUCAAUGCAAGUGAUGAUGAGUGGUGGCAAGCGAGACGAAUUGGACCUGAUGGCGAGGAAGAAGAAAUGGGAGUUAUUCCAAGUAAACGAAGAGUUGAAAGAAAAGAAAGGGCUCGGUUGAAACAGGUGAAGUUUCAAAGGGAAGACCCUGAUAAAAGUAGGGCAUCAUUUAAUGAGAAGAGGAAAAAAGGCAUUGUGUUUUCUCGUAAAUUUCCAUUUUACAAAAGUCGAGACAGCGACCAGGAUACAAGUGAUGUAGAACCCGUCAGCUAUACAUGUACAUCCAAUGCCAGCGAUAGUGAAAGUAGCUACAGAGGCAGUGUGGAAGAAAUGAUUCUCUCGUAUGAAGCACUUGUACAAACAGAAGCCGUUCAUUAUCAAAGGCCUGUAAUCAUUCUUGGACCAAUGAAGGACCGCAUUAAUGAUGACCUUAUUUCAGAGUAUCCCGACAAAUUCGGUAGCUGUGUUCCACACACGACACGACAGAAACGCCCAUAUGAAGUUAAUUCUAGGGACUAUCAUUUUGUGGAGUCCAGAGAACAGAUGGAACGAGAUAUUCAAAAUCAUUUAUUCAUUGAAGCAGGACAGUACAAUGAUAACUUGUAUGGAACAAGUGUAGCCUCUGUCAGAGAAGUCGCUGAAAAGCAAGGAAAACAUUGCAUACUUGAUGUGAGUGGUAAUGCAAUCAAACGACUCCAAGUUGCUCAGCUUUAUCCCAUAGCUAUAUUUAUCAAACCUAAAUCAGUGGACGGAAUUAUGGAAAUGAACAAGCGUAUAACAGAGGAGCAAGCAAGAAAGACCUAUGAGAGAGCUCUGAAACUUGAACAAGAAUUUGCACCAUUCUUCACAGCAAUCGUACAGGGCGACACUGCAGAAGAAAUCUACAAGGAAGUAAAGGAGGUGAUUGGUAGAGAAUCUGGACCAACCAUCUGGGUACCAGCUAAAGAGAAACUGUAGGCCAACCAUCUGGGUACUAAAGGGAUGCUAUAGGCACACAUACGUACAUUGAGGUGUCUAAAUCCAAUCUACCUGUCGAAGGUCAUCGUGUUUGUAUAUAGCGAGCGGUACUAGUAUUUUUAUCGAGAACAUUGGAGGAAGUUUAGUGAAAACAUUUCAAAUUAAACAGCCUCACAAAACCAUGAAAUGUACAUAAAGUUAUAAAGUAGGUGCUGAUUGGUUAAUACAGAUUGCAGGAAAUCUCUCUACUAAUGGUGGUGCAGGGAAUUAUGGGAAAAUUCUUCACUGCCAUAGAACGCUUUCCCAUCAAUUGUGCUGAACUCUUUCAAUUAUCCCGGCCCAGUCACAGGUUUUCUGAUUAAUAACCAGUCAGCUGUUCAUUAUGUGAUGAGACUAGUAAUGGUCCUGUCAUAAAUUAACAACAACAAAAAGCAUUAAUGAAAUAUUACGAAAUGAUCGAAACACUAAUAAACCAAAUAAUUUGUAAAAAAAAAAUUAACCUAAUUCUAACAGCAAGUUUGGUAUUUGGUGUUGCUUGUUAUAUUUCAUUGACUGAAUCUAUAAAAUUUCUGGAAAUGCAACACAAUCACUUACAGUUAAACUAAAACUUAACAAGGAUGUGAUUUGGUAGGGAAGAAAAAAAAACAUGAAGAAAGAAAAAAAAAAAAUUACUUUGUACAGUAGAUAUCUUGUCCAUACUAUGGUAUUAUUACCUUAAAAUCAGUGGUUAUUAAAUAGCAUUCAAAACAAGAUGUAUUUUUUCAUACAUAUAUAGACUUAAACAUCUGCACUUCUCCCCUGCAAUUUGGUAUACAAAACCUUUAGUUUUUUCUACUCAGUUGAUACCAUUAUUAUAGCAGGUGGGAGUGAGCAGGUAGAAUAUAAAUUUCCUACACUUGCAUGUGAAAGGGAAAAUGAUGACAUUUUGUUACAUCAUAUAAUCAUUGUUUUCCCUUUACAAAGAGUGUUUUUGGGGGGAUUUUGUUACCAUGUUUUGUAGAAUGUUAAUUUGUUUUCGAUUUUAAGUCUGUACAAAGUUCGUAGGUAUAUAUAUAUAGUAAGACUUGUUUCUUAAUUCCUAACACCUGUGUAUAUUUACCCAUUCCAAAAAAUCCCUUUAUCAGAUCUUAUCAGGAAUCUGUUUUUUUUUUCCACACAGAAAUUAGUAUUACCACACUCUACUGUCAUUCCUAUUGACGGGUUUCAAUGUUUACACGUAUCUUAACAUUCGCUGAAAAUUUUAUGCGUUUUAUAAUUAUAUAUAUUAUUUUUUCAAAGGGAAGCGCAGCUAUAUUAUUUAGCUAUUUACUGUUGUAUAUAUAUCUGUCGGCCAGCCUCUCUAUUCACAACCAUUGAGACUUUUGAAGUUUGUAGAUAUUCUUCAACUAUGACACAUUUGCAUGUAUAUUGUAUGACCGUUGCCCUAUCUGCAGCUAUACAUAUGAAUCGCGUUAUUCAAGUCCUUUUUUAGCGUCAAAAUUAGCAUAUUAUGGAUAGUUAGCUGUCAUAUCCACAUGUCUAGGAUUUUUUAAAAUUUGUUGUGUAUGUAUGCAAAUGUGUCUCAUUGUGGGGAGAAAAAAAGGGGUAUAUUUUCUGAAUUUUUGUAUUUAUGUGACAACUAACAUUCUGUGAUCAAGUAUGUGUCCGGUUUCAUCUUUGUUUAAAUUUUUAAUAUUCAUAAGCAGUAUAGUCACAUUGCUAGUGCUCAAUAUUCAAAAUGGUGCAGAUGUUUGUUUGUUUUUUUAAAUUUGACUUUUCAUUUUUGUUACUGAAUUAUUUAUAUCGGAAAAGUGUCUGUUUUUAACUGAUUUAUGAUUAAUAACUUCAAAAGUCUCUUCGGUCACAGUACACUUAUUACUUUGCUGACCAAGAAUGACCUUAUGUUGACCAGGGAAUACUAACACCAAUAACAUGUGAUGUGAAUGUUAGGUGGUUUUAAUUACGUAAUGGCUUGUCAUAUUUUGCGGGGGUUCAUUCAUAUCAGACAAGCUUUUAAAAUCAUCAUGGCCCUCUUGAGACAAGAAAAUGUGUGCUUUCGUUUUCAUAGUUGGAGCAGUUCUACAUGCAUCGCACUUCCAGUGUCGCAAAUACGAGUUGUUUUAUGCCACAUGUUAGUAUAUGUAUACUGUCUUUUUCUCAAGGUAUUUUCUUUUUUAUAUCCAGCAGUCUAUGGCAAUAAAAGAAAAAUAACUUACAAGAA